AUGAGCGGCACGCGACGCGAUGCCCCGCCACCUACGACGUCUCCUGUCCCCAAGGUCGACAAUGCCCCUGAUGCGGGGUUGAGGAGUAUCAAUCACUACAAGCGCGCUCUUCCACGAUGGCGAUAUAAUCUUCGGCAACAGGCUAUCCCGUUGAUUCGAUGGGAGACGCCGUAUCUGGCUUGGAUGCAGGAGAAGCUGAGGACGCCUGCUCUGGAUAGUUACUUCGCCAUCACAGCCAACUUGGGCACCCAUACUUUUUUCAUGAUUGGCUUGCCGAUAUGUUUCUGGUGUGGUUGGGCAUCUCUAGGCAAGGGCCUGGUCCAUAUGCUUGCUCUUGGUGUCUUUUGGACAGGCUUCAUCAAGGACUUUUACUCUCUGCCCCGACCGCUCUCGCCGCCGCUCAAUCGAAUCACCAUGUCUGGAUCUGCUGCUCUGGAAUACGGGUUUCCCUCAACGCAUAGCGCCAAUGCACUCUCUGUGGCUGUAUACGGACUCCUCAGCUUGCACAGUCCCGACAACGCUUUACCCCCGACGGCCAAGAUCAUUUUGGAAUGCCUCUCCUAUUUUUAUGCGGCGUCCAUCGUUUUCGGUCGCUUAUACUGUGGCAUGCAUGGGUUUCUGGAUGUUUUGGUCGGUUCCACCAUUGGUGCUGGCAUUGGUCUUGUCGAAUUUUACCACGGCCCCUCCUUUGAUGCCUUUAUGCACUCUAGCUCCUGGAUUGCUCCUGUAGUUGCAGGUCUUGUCAUUAUUAUCUUUGUGCGCAUACACCCUGAGCCGGCGGAUGAUUGCCCCUGCUUUGACGACAGCGUUGCCUUUGCCGGAGUCGUGAUAGGCGUUGAAUUUGGAACUUGGACAUAUGGCAAGAUCCCGUCCGAUCCGUGGGAGACUAAUGCCUACGGCGAUGGAACCAUUGACGUCGCACCCUUGGGUCUAUGGAUCAACGUUGCGCGAAUUGUAUUUGGAGUUUUGGUAAUUUUCGCCUGGAGGGAAACCAUGAAGCCUGCUCUGCUCAAAUUUCUCCCUCAUCUCUUCCGUCUUAUAGAGAAGCUUGGCUGGGAUCUGCCACGGAGAUACUUCAUACCCGCCAGUGAAUACAAGUCGGUGCCUCCAGGAUCUCGUCUGGAUACACUGUUCCCCAAGGCCUCUGACUUUCCUCGAAUGGUUGAAGGCAUCCGACAUCCCACGACCCGUGGGCGAUCCGUUUCUAUUGGCCCCCAAAGCGCUGCGGAUGCGUAUGAGGCGUUGGCAUACCGGGAACGAAGACGCAGAGAAAGCAUCAGCAGCAAUCAAAGUUUACGAAGCAAAUCUAGUAAUAUGGAUCUUCAGGGCAAGGAUGAGGACCACUCUGGGAAAGGGGCCCAGACAUCAGGAGUGCAGAAGCCUAAUUCCCAUGGUCAUGAGAAGGUAGAUGGUGAAGUAUUGAUAUUAAGUGGGGAGGAGAACGGUGACGUUGCCGAGGAGAAUAAGCUUGAUGAUGAGGAAAUGUUUUCACGUUUGGUCCGCCCACGUGUGAGGUACGAUGUUGAAGUGGUAACGAAAUUAGUAGUUUAUACGGGAAUUGCAUGGUUUGCGACGGCGCAAAUCCCAAUCAUGUUUGAGUAUGCCGGUCUAGGGACGAACCACCUCCGACUUCAGACGCAAUGA